GGACAAGUGGUGAAUUAUUACAUUUCCGACCGCAACACACAAAAACACAUACACAAAAAUGGCAGCGACACUAGCCUCGCUGCUGGGCCAAGCGUCCAUGACCGACCACGAACAAGUGCUCAGCGCUUGCGAAGCCACCCUCUCCCAAUCGAAGAAUGAUGUUCAAGCUCAGCAGGUCAAGAUUGUUGCGCUGUUGAAUCUGGAUCGCUUUCAAGAUGCUGUCGCUACCGUGGAGGCUGGUGGGGAGGAGAUUAAGAGGACGGCGCGAUUGGAGUAUGCUUAUGCGCUGUACAAGAAUGGACAAGCCGCAAAGGCUGCAGAGGUCGCUAGACAGGAUGGCAGCGAGUCGGACAGGGGAUUGAGACAUGUCGAGGCGCAAGCUAGCUACAGACACCAGGACUUUGAGCGCGCCUCCGAGCUAUACCGUAACCUCUCAGCACAGAGAGGAGCAGUCAACAACGAGGACAUGGACCUGCGCAUCAACAUGGGCGCCACAUAUGCACAACUCGAAUGGGCAGGUCGUGUCUCAGCAGACGCACCGCAGAAGCCCGCAAGAGAGGACAUGGAGGCUUUCGAGACGGCAUACAACGCAGCUUGCCAGAGCAUUGCGCGUGAUGAGUUGGGUCAGGCCGAGGUUCUGCUGCGAAGAGCAAAGGAAUUGUGCGAGGCUUCCGAGAUGGAGCAGGAGGAAAAGGACGCUGAGAUUGUGCCAAUUUCCAUCCAGCAGCUCUACGUUUUGAUCCGCCAGGGCAGACUGGAAGAUGCACAGGCUCUUGCUGCCACUAUUGACUCCAAAAAUGUCCACGCCUUCCACGAUUCGUCGACUCAAUUCAUCGCUCAAACGAACACAGCAGCCAGUUCGACAGAAAGCUCAAACCCCUACCUUACCCACCGCACUCUCUACAAGACUCCUUCGACCAUCCUUCCGGACAGGCCUUUCACCUACCAAAGUGCUGCCAUUCAACGCAACAACUACACACUCGACCUGCUGGCCCACAAGUACGACGGCAUCAUCAGAUCGACCGCAAACCUCGCCGCGACCCCUACCCUCGACUCGGCAACAAACUCAUUUUCCGCCUUUGGCGCCGCUGCCCACACUCGCAACCAAGCUGGAAAAGAAGCCUUGAAGACCGUCUUGCCAGUGCUGGAACGUAGACCAAACGACAUUGGUCUAUUGCUCGUGUGCAUGCAACUCUACAUCCACUCCUCGAACCCUGCCGCUGCAAUCUCCCUCCUUGAGAACUUCUUCACCCGUCUAUCUUCGUCAUCCGAGCCCUCAGCACAAGAUGUCCGUUACGCACCUGGUCUGAUCGGUGUCCUGGUUUCUCUCUACACUUCGCGUGGUCAGACCAGCCACGCACGUUCAGAACUGGCAAAGGCUGCAAGAUACUGGCGUCAGCACUCCAACCCUCCGAUCUCGACAAGAGCAUUGGGCCAUCUCUACAAAUCCGCCGGUGCAUCAUUGCUCAACUCCUCUGUUCCUGCUGACCAACAACUCGCCGCUGACCUCUUCACUUUCAUGCACGAAAAGGACGCUUCAGACCGUUACGCAGCCGCCGGUCUCGUGGCAGCACUCGCCCGCGCCAACCCUUCAGCUAUCACCGAGGAAAAGCUCUCUGCCCUCACACCCCUCGACCGUCUCAUCUCCGGCAUCGACGUCUCUGCUCUCGAAAACGCUGGUGUCGCGAAAUCAACUCCUACACCCACUUCUACCUCGACGAAACGUGCAGCCCCUGACUCUGCACCCAAGCCAAAGACCAAGAAACUGAAAAAGAGCAAGACACCCAAAGAUUUCGACCCUACCAAAAAGAUGGAUCCCGAGAGAUGGCUGCCUAUCAAAGAUAGAUCUUCGUAUAGACCAAAGGGCAAAAAGGGUAAAGCCAAACAGGCAAUGUUUAUGCAAGGUGGUGCUGUAGCAGAGGAUAGCGGUGCUGGAUCUGGAGCUUCUACGCCCGCUCCUGCUGCUCAGCUUGUAGAGGGAAAGAGUAAUGCGGCGAAGAAUAAGAAUAAGAAGAAGAAGGGUGGGAAGUGGUGAAGUCCGACUUGCCUACUGCUAAACUAUCCCAGAAAUAUAGUCACGAGGGCCUUUUUUCUUUUUGUAUAACAUACUAGAAAAAGUACGACUAUGAGGCUAGAUCUUUUACCUGUUUCUAGAUUAUUCUUGGGGUCUUGCUCGCAAAGAGCUUGAUCAUUCUCUUGAGGGGGUUUUCUCUGCUGUCCUAGACCUUUGAAUCCUCUCGCGUGUUUUCAUAUGCUGUUCCGAGAUAUCAAUGACGGUUGGACUUGCUCGACGGCUCUGACUAGACACGUCGUCGAGAGAAACAAGAACAUGUGACACCGAGGCUUCCCGACCGAGGCACCGUUUGUAAUUGAUAUACAGCUGGGCGGGUUUUUCUUGGAUUCUCUCAAAACGACUUCAGUUGCCUUUUUUUUUUCCCGCAAGGACUACCGCUUUUGGAAAUUCCCAUCUUCAUUUCUCUUGGGCAAUUUA